AUCAAAGGUUGAAAUGCGCAAAGUCAUUCGCCAAAAAGCAAACAAACAUGGCUUCGAUAGAAUGGGCGCCGGUAAAAUUGCCAUUUAAAAGGCGUUUAGAGACACUCACUGUCAUUCUUAUAGUCCAUUCCUUUCUGUUUGGUCAUAUUCUUGGCUGUGGUUUAAUGGUUCUUUUGCUGAUCUUCCCAGCGACAAGUUUAGUCGCUGCUAUAUACCUCGGGUGGACCUACGUUAUGAAUUACAACAAACCAAGUCGUGGAGGUCGCAUCAUUCCUUGGUGCCGUAGGCUCAAAAUGUGGAAAUACUUUUGCGAGUUUUUCCCGAUAUCUCUUAUCAAGACCGCAGAUUUGGACCCCCAGAAAAACUACAUCAUUUGCUAUCAUCCUCAUGGUAUAAUGAGCCUCGGAGCGUUGGGAAAUUUCUGCAGUGAAGCUACGGGAUUCUCGGAAAAAUUUCCUGGAAUCACACCACACAUUCUAACGCUUGCUGGAAAUAUGAAAUUCCCUGUAACAAGAGAUUAUAUGAUGGCUUUUGGAGUUUGCACUGUCGAGAAAGAGAGUAUACACCAUAUUAUGGAGCGAAUGGGGAAAGGACAUGCGGCUGUAAUCGUCACUGGUGGGGCGGCCGAGUCACUCGAUGCCCAUCCGGGGAGCUUCAAGAUAACCUUGAAGGAAAGAAAGGGAUUUGUGAAAAUCGCUAUGAAAACCGGUGCCUCCCUUGUGCCAGUAUUUUCCUUUGGAGAGAAUGAGUUGUACAGUCAAGUUGACAAUCCUCGAGGCUCCUCUAUACGUCAGUGGCAGACUAAGAUGAAGAAUCUAAUGGGGUUUGCACCACCCUUGUUCUAUGGUCGAGGCAUAUUCCAGUAUACUUAUGGUAUACUUCCACACAGGAGACCAAUCAACACUGUUGUUGGUGCCCCAAUUACUGUUGAAAGGAAUCCACAGCCAUCCUGGGAGCAAGUUUGUGAGCUCCACAAGCAAUAUAUCACAGCGCUAUGUGAACUAUUUGACAAACACAAAAUAAAGUAUGGCAUUGAAAAAGAUGUUCACCUAGAAAUCUGCUGACAGGAGGUUCAAACAGAAACUAGUUUAUUGCAAAGAAAUGUGACACAUAAUUGAGGAACAUCUUAAUUGAUAUUUAUCAUAAAAAGGAAGUGUAUAAUUAUUCUUAUCUCUAAAUCUUUAUCUGAAGAACAUAAACUUUCCAGCCUAUGAAGGAAGGAAAAGAUUAGACCAUUCUAAAUUUAGGCACUCUUUUUAGCAUCCCCCCUCCACAACACCUCCCCCGUAAAAUAUACAGUACAGCCACUGGGAUUUUGGGAGAACACCGGUUGGGAAACAGGAUUUGAACCCCCCCUACAGGACCCUGAUAAUAGUGCAAGUAAAACCUUGAGAGAAGUCCGGGAGAAUUAGAGUGGGUUGGGUGUAUCUUAGGGAAAGGGAAAUUUUUGGCAGGAAUUUUUGAGAAAUCAUUCUUUUUUCAUCAAGAGGUACUAUAUGUUAUGCUGAAAUCAAGUGUAAUAAAUUUUACUUAUUUUUGUAUUUUCCUAUGCCAUUAUUUGUGGACGUUUUUCUGUUCUGGGUUAAUUCUGCCAUCCAUGUAGAAAAUCUAAUGAUUCUCAAUGUUUCUAAGAUCAGUUGAUUCUAAGACAUUAAAUGCAUGUUUCCUGCAUGAUUCUAAAUAGUCAUGGCCUUUCUGGUUUUGAGAGUUGAUGUUUUGGUAGGGAUAGGGGAUAGGUAGAUUCUGUUGCAGAAAUGAAGUAAGGUGCAUUUUUUUUCUGUCCGAAAAUUACCUCUUGUACUCUAGUUUUUACUGACCAAUGUGUUAUGCUAUGCCAUGAAAGGAUUGUGAGUGAAAAUGAAAGAUAAAAUAAUAAAUAUCAAGGAAAUAAAAUGAUUUUGUCAGUUCCACUAUCAUGGUUAGGCUUAUUAUCCUGAGUCUAACAUAAGAUUAUCCUGCCAUUUUUUCAAAAUAAAUUAAAGAACAUUUUAAAGGAGCUGAUAAGAAAUUUUUGAUAAGCUGCAUUUUGGGGGCGUUCCUUACCUCGAGUUCUACCGGGAACCGGGAGAGUCCAAAAUCCUCUUCCGCUUUAUCUUCCGCUUUCUCCAGGGACAGGGAAGUGACGUCAUGGUAUCUAAAGGUAACCUGUCAUGCUUGAAAAGAUUUCAUCCAAUCGUCGCGCUCUACUUUGACUUGACAUUUCCAAAUUUGGGAAAUAGCCAAAUGAGUGCUAGUGCUGUUAGCCUCGUCCCCAUCCCCACUCGGUCUCUUUUGGUAAGCCUUCAACGAAAGCGCAACACAAGGAAAGCGUCUUGGGUGCAAACCCACAUUUUUUUUCGAAAAUUUUAACCGGACAAGUCGCCAAAA